UCACAAAGUUGAUAUUUCACGAUCAGGUUCAGUUGAGGUUAUAUCCAUCCCCUGAUUAUAAAAAAGACAGUGUAUACGUGACAAUCAUCACAUUCAUUAAUUAUCAUUAAUUACGAAAAUUAACUAAAAAAAAAAGUGUAAUAGCAAAGUACGUAAAAUUUCUCAGGUCAAUAGAUAAGAUGUUAAGUUUCUCGAGCAGACGAAUAUUUUCUUCGAUCAACAAUUUGGUAGGCGGAUCUAUUACAAGGACAAUAUCAACAAGCAGGAUAUUGACCUCGAAGGAAAAACAUGUGGAAAUCGAACAAAAAAAUGGGGUGAGAAGAAUAACGUUAAAUCAUGCAAAAUCACGGAAUUCACUUUCGUUAGAAACGAUAAAUAUACUUUUAUACAAUAUUUCCAAUGAUGUGAAAAAUAAUGAACUUCGUUCAAUUGUUAUUCAAGCUUCACCUGGGAAAGUUUUCUCAGCUGGACAUAAUUUAAAGGAAUUGACGUCAGAAAACAGAGAGAGCCAUCACCUGGCAGUAUUUGAGACGUUUGAAAUGCUUAUGAAAGAAAUUAUGCAAUGUCCAGUACCAAUAAUUGCUGCAGUUGAUGGAUUGGCAGCUGCAGCUGGAUGUCAAUUGGUUGCAGCUUGUGAUAUAGCAAUUUGCACUGAGAAAAGCAGUUUCUCAACUCCCGGAGCGAAUGUUGGAAUAUUUUGUUCAACACCGGGAAUUCCUUUGGUACGAAAUGUUUCAAGAAAAGUUGCAUUUCACAUGUUAUUCACCGGUUUACCGAUUUCAGCAAAAGAAGCCUAUGAUGCUGGACUUGUUAGCAAAGUUGUACCAAAUGACAAACUUGAGGAAGAAAUUCAAAGGAUCACAAAUGCAAUAAAUUCCCAGAGUCGAUCGGUGUUACAAAUUGGAAAAAGAUUUCUAUUUGAACAAUUGGACGUCGAUAUAGCGACAGCCUAUUCAUUGGGAACGGAAAUUAUGAUUGAAAAUUUAAAACUAAAAGACUCACAAGAGGGAAUUAAAAGUUUCAUCGAAAAACGAAAACCAUCUUGGAGUCAUAACUAUGAACAAGAUUGAUUUCUAUAAUCUAAGAAAAAGAAAUCUAUUUUUACAAAUUAUUCUGAAAAUAAAAUUCAUUUUAAAAAAUUGUUUUCCUAAACAUCUGAUAUUUUAAUUUUUAAUACACUCUAUCGAUUUCUGUAUCACAUUAUUUCUAUUUCAAACAACUAUUUUUAAUAUUCUAUUUACAAAGUUCAAAUAUUGUUUUUGCACAAUGAAAACACGUGUCAAAAAUAGAAAAAUUAUUGCUGUAUAAAAUAAAUUUUGAUAAAUAUUAAAUAAUUAGUUUUCUAUUAAA